AUGGAGACCGGCCCCCUCGGCUCGCCGCGCCCGCCACGCCGCUCCUUGGCCCAGUUGACCACGAGCAGACCCCAAACUGGCCCAGUUAUGAAAUGUCAUACCACGCACGCCAGUGAACUUAACACUCGGACACCUGGGCAAAUUUACUCCUUUAGAGUACUGAAGGGCAAUGUUUUGGACUGCGUUCUUGGACUUCUUCACAGUAUACGGGAACUCUGCAAGUGUUUUGGACUUCUGAACGUAAGAAGGGAGGAAGGAGGAGGAGAAGGAGAAAGAAGGAGGAAGAAGAGAAGAAGGAGGAGAGGAGAAGAAGAGGAGAAGGGAGAAGAGGAGGAGAAGGAGAAGAAGGAGGCAGAAGGAGAGGAAGGAGAAGAAGAGAGGAGAAGAGAAGAAAGGAGGAGAAGGAGUAGGAGGAGGGAGAGAGAAGGGGAAGGAGAAGGGGAAGGAGAAGGGGAAUAG